GUCUCAGUGGUGAGGAGGCUGGAGCUGUACCACCGUCGGCCACAGCUCUGCAAUCAGCCGACGUCACCAUAAAUAGCUAGCUAGCCAGUUGUUUUGGGAGAAGAAGAAAAGAGCUGCAAGCGGAAGAAACGCCGGAUUUUGGGGUGUAUUUGUUUUCUACGUCUAGUUUAGCUUUUCCUAUUCUUUUUACACCCUUCAAGUAAUGUCCACACCGGCGAGGAGACGGCUUAUGAGAGAUUUUAAAAGGCUUCAAGAAGAUCCCCCUACCGGUGUGAGCGGUGCCCCAUCUGAGAACAACAUCAUGCUUUGGAACGCUGUUAUUUUUGGGCCCGUGGGAACGCCAUUCGAAGACGGAACAUUUAAGCUGCUGAUAGAGUUUUCAGAGGAGUACCCAAACAAGCCCCCCACGGUUCGGUUUGUUUCCAGAAUGUUUCACCCAAAUGUUUACGCUGAUGGCAGUAUAUGUUUAGACAUUCUCCAAAAUCGCUGGAGCCCUACUUAUGAUGUGUCAUCCAUACUCACUUCUAUCCAGUCAUUGUUGGAUGAGCCCAACCCCAACAGCCCGGCGAACAGUCAGGCUGCGCAGCUCUACCAGGAAAACAAGCGGGAGUACGAAAAGAGGGUGACGGCCAUCGUGGAGCAGAGCUGGGUGGACAGCUGAGCUUCUAUCACAAAUAUAUAUAUAUAUAAUAUAAAUAUAUCUUACUAUCCAUCACGCCUUUUUCAUCAUCCCUUUUAUUCGAUGUCUUUUUUUUUUUUUUUUUACCUCGUAAAGAUAAAACAGCAACUAUAUCAAAACUCAAGUGCCACCUUAAAAAGAAAAACCAAACCUAAACAGACGUCAACUUGCUUGCCAACACAUUAAGGAAAUUUGGGAGGGGGGGUAAUUCAAGCUUGUAUUUUUGUUCUUUUAUUGACUUUUUAUUGCAUGGUGUGAUAAGUUAUUGCUAACAGUUUGUAAUAUAUCUGAAUCGUGUCUGUUUAAAGCUUGAGUUUUUAGUUAGACGUCUGCAUUUCCUUUAACUUCCCGCUCAAGUGCUCACAAUGGCGCUGGUUUGGAAAAGGACGUGUUAAAAACCUAAUCAAGGUGUUUUUUUUUUUUUAAGCUUCAUAGCUUCGCUGUUCCUGUUGACAUCCACAUAUAUAGCUGAUAAACCGUUGCUGGCUUGUUUCCGGUUUAUGUGUGUUUAUUUUUAGGAUACUGUAGGUUUGGACUUGCGCGUGGUCAGACUGGAGCAGCACAGAUGGAUUAUCCUGCUGGAGUUGGAGCAUUUAAGAGGGUUGUGGAUAAUGUUACGGAUCGCUAUAAGAUGAAUCCAGCAGCCAAAAACUGGUUUAAACUUCAUGUUCUCUUGUUAAAGACGUUUCUCAGCUGUGUAAGUAAUACUGGCUUCAUCGUGGUUCUGGAAUCUUUUAGAUUUCCAUCUAGAAGUUCUGGAUGUAGAACACUUCUGGGUCGUGUCUUGCUCUGCUCAUCUUCUGUAAAACAAUGAAUCUGGUUUUUAUCGAAGCUAAAAGAAAAUUUAUAUUUGAAAAUGAGUAGAACUUUUCACUCAAUCACUGUUUUCUCACAUACUUCCUUUCCAGUUCUUUGAAGCCUGUGAAAUUUGAGCUUCUGUGCUUUUGGUCCAUUUUUAACAAGGGGAAGAAAAAAAAACCCAAUGUCAUUACAUUUUAUUUUAGUUCUGUUUCUUCAACAGAAAUAUGCUCAAAUAUUGCUAUUGCAUGCAGUUGAAUUCAAGAUAUCAUGUUUCCCUGAAGGCUCGGGUUGCUAUUCUGCUUGUAUUGGUCUCAUUUUCUUCUAGCUUGCUCUGAAAAGCUUCGACAUGAGAAUAAAGUCCUGACUUAACCCUGCCCAAUAAUCAGUCAUAAGUCAUUUUCUUUCUUAUACAAGUAAAGGUCAUAUUGUGGCUUGUGACGUCUCUCACCUUAUAAACAAGGGAAAUGUGAUGAAAUUUUGAAUCAAACAAAUGUAUACUUAAAGUAAUAAGCUGUAUAAACAUAAUAAACACAUUUUUCAGACUUUGACAAA